AUGCUUCGAUUAUCAGUCUUCCUUUUCGCUCUGUUCUUCCUUGUGACAAUCUCAAAAGUCGCUACCUUACCAACCCCUCAACCCUCAUCGUACCUAGAAAAAAGACAACCCAACCCACAAGACUCGGCACAAUUUGUUGAUGUAUCAAAUGUUGUAGCACCUGCAACAUUAGAAGAGGCAUAUGCAAUCUUAGGCUUAGGUAAACCACCAAUGACACAAGAAGAGGCAUAUCGGAAUAGUGUCAAUAGUUUACCUGAAUCUUCUAACUGGGCACAAACUGUUGAUGUAUCAAAUGUUGGACCACCUUCAACAUUAGAAGAGGAAUAUCAAGGUCUAGGUACACCACCAAUGACACAAGAAGAGGCAUAUCUGAAUAGUGUCAAUAGCUUACCUGAAUCCUCUAACUGGGCACAAACUGUUGAUGUAUCAAAUGUUGGACCACCUGCAACAUCAGAAGAGGAAUAUCAAGGUCUAGAUACACCACCAAUGACACAAGAAGAGGCAUAUCGGAAUAGUGUCAAUAGCUUACCUGAAUCAUCCAACUGGGCACAAGUUGUUGAUGUAUCGAAUGUUGUACCUCCCACUCCAUGA